AUGCGAGGUUUCAGUGAGAUGCUGGAGGGACGAGCUGUAGUGCGUGAGACAGACAUGACAGAAGCAAUGCGAAGCCAUGUAAUGGACUUAGCUUACCAAGCUCUCGACCUACAUGAAUCCUCCGAUUGUCAGGCCAUUGCUCAUCAUAUCAAGCAGAAAUUUGAUGAAGCAUACGGGCCGUCAUGGCACUGCGUGGUCGGGAAGGACUUCGGGUCGUGCAUCACUCACUUAUGCGGGUGUUUCAUAUUCUUCCACAUCGACACGAUGGAGUUUCUCAUCUUCAAGGACGGCAAGGACUUCACCGAAAGCAAGGAAGAGGCAGUUGGAGUCCUGCAAAGUAGCAAAAGCAGUUCUUGAACUUUCUAUAUAUUGCUCGGGUUAAUAUUCCUUCUUUACCCCACUAAUGGUGCAACCAAACAUAAUCUUAACUAUAAUAUUGGCCAAAUCUGUCUGGCAUCUUCCAAGCAAGACGAGUGGGUGUAAUUUUAUUCUUGGCAUAUUCAAGCUUGCAGGAGAAAAAGAUAUGCUUUCAAUUAGAAAGCUCAGUGUUAUCCACAAAA